GAAGCAAACCAAAUUCAAGUUUCUAAACGCCUCCGGGUCGCAGGAGGCGCUGUCCCGUCCGCUCAUCACCAGCACCAAAAUGACUCGACUCUCUAAUCUCGGGGAGAGAGGAAGGGGCGGGUCAAAGAGCUCCGAGGCCUGGGUGGGACGCGUCCAUUGGGCUGGUGCUGGGGGGGGGGGCACCACGGGUCCUUAGGCCCAAGAUGGUAUAGACCGAGCUUCGCGCCAGCCUCCUAGAGCCCUGCAGGGGCGGGAAGGGCAAUCCUUCUGUUAGUGUCCCGCCAAGGUCCAAGUGGUUGGAGCGGUCCAAAGCCCAGAACUGUCGGGGUCCCAGGCUCCGAGGCUCCAGAAGACACAGCCUGGGUCUCAUGGCCCCGCCGGUCCGCCUGGGCCGGAAGCGCCCGCUACCUGUAUGCCCUAACCCGCUCUUCGUUCGUUGGCUGACCGAGUGGCGGGACGAGGCGGCCAGCAGGGGGCGCCACACGCGCUUCGUGUUUCAAAAGGCGCUGCGCUCUCUCCGACGGUACCCGCUGCCACUGCGAAGCGGGAAGGAAGCCAAGAUCCUCCAGCACUUCGGAGACAGGCUCUGUCAAAUGUUGGACGAGCGGCUGCGGCAGCACCAAGCAUCGGGCGGUGACCAUGCCCCCAGCACACCCUCUGGAGAGAAGAAUCAAGCCCAGGAAUGGCCACCUGCUCAAGUCCAGGACUCUUCCAAGCCGGUUCCCACCCAGCCCCAAGCAGGAGGCUCUGGUGGCUACUGGCCAGCUCGGAACUCAGGAGCUCGUGAGGUCCUGCUGCAGCUGUACUGGGAGCACCUGAAUCCUGGUGGCCACAGCUUCCUAACCAAAGAGGAACUGCUGCAGAGAUGUGGCCAAAAAGCCCCCAGGGUGGUCCCUGGAGUUUCCAGAUCCUGGCCUGCCCUACGUGGCCUCCUCCAUAGGAACCUGGUCCUCAGAACACAUCAGCCAGCUAGGUAUAUGCUGACCCCAGAGGGCUUGGAGCUAGCACAGAAGCUGGGGGAGUCAGAAGGCCUGAGUCCUCUGAACACUGGCAUUAGGCCAGAAGAGCCUGGUGGAGAGGAGCGAGCAACAGUCUCCACCAAACUUGGUGCCAGCGAAGUGGGGGUCCAACAGCCAACACUGGAGCUGAGGUCUGGAGAGUACAGAGUGCUGUUGUGUGUGGACACCGCUGAAACUAGGGGGGCAGGACACAGGCCAGAACUGCUCCAAGAACUACAAAGGCUGCAUGUGCCCCACACAGUGCGCAAGCUGCAUGUUGGGGACUUCGUGUGGGUGGCACAGGAGACCAGGCCCAGAGACCCAGCAAGACCUGGGGAGUUAGUCCUAGACCACAUAGUAGAACGCAAGCGGCUGGAUGAUCUGUGCAGUAGCAUUAUCGACGGCCGAUUUCGUGAACAGAAGUUCCGCCUGAAGCGCUGUGGCCUGGGGCACCGGGUAUACCUAGUGGAAGAACAUGGGUCAGUCCAGAACCUCAGCCUUCCUGAGAGCACCCUGCUUCAAGCUGUUACAAAUACCCAGGUCAUUGAUGGCUUCUUUGUGAAGCGUACCAUGGGCAUAAAGGAUUCGGCUGGCUACCUGGCUCUUUUGACACGGGGCCUGGAGAGACUAUACCAGGGCCACACCCUACGCAGCCGCCCCUGGGAAACCCCAGGGGAUCCUGAAUCAGGGGCAAGGCCCUCCCCAAACCCUCUCUGCUCACUCCUCACCUUCAGUGACUUCAACGCAGGAGCCAUGAAGAAUAAGGUAACCCUACCCCCUACCAAGCUUCUCCUGACCUGGUCCCAGAUCACACCUAACAUAGGCCUACCCCAACCCCAGGCCCAGUCUGUGCGAGAAGUAUUUGCCCGGCAGCUCAUGCAAGUGCGUGGACUGAGUGGAGAGAAGGCAGCAGCCCUAGUGAAUCGAUAUAGCACCCCUGCCAGCCUCCUGGCCGCCUAUGAUGCCUGUGCCACCCCCAAGGAGCAGGAGAUGCUGCUGAGCACUAUCAAGUGUGGGCGUCUGCAGAGGAAUCUGGGACCUGCUCUGAGCAGGACCUUGUCCCAGCUGUACUGCAGCCGCAGCCCUCUGACCUGAGCCUCACCAGGAGACAAGCCCAGCACCCAUCUCCCCACUACCCAGACUUUUAACUGGGAUCCUUGGGGCUAGAAUAAAAAUAUAAGUGUUUGUAGUCUUAGGUGUUAAAGAGGAGAUGCCAAGCCCCUUGGAAAAUCUGUAGGAGCUAGAAGCCUAGAUCCUGCAUCUAAUGAUUAUUGUUUUUUAGUACUGGGGGUGGAACCUGGGGCCUUAUGCAUGCUAAGCAAGUGUUCUAGCACACAGCAAUGGUCUGCAGCCUUGCCCAGUGUCUCCUAUCUCUUCUUACUCCCAGGUUUGUCUAGAACUUGCUAUACAGCCCUGUCUGGCCUGGAACUCUUAAUUCUUUCUGGGUCUACCUCCUGAGUGCUAGGAUUUUAGGCAUGUACCACCACACCUGGUCUGUAUGUUGAGUUUUUUG